UUGACAUAAUCUUAUCUUCUCCAAGAGUGUUCUCAAGUACUGUCUACUGUUUAACAAUCUUGAAAUUAUUUCAUCUAAGGCCACAUAGUUGUGAGUCACAUUUGAGCUUUUGGAGAAAGAGUCUUGGAAAACGUGUACAAAAUAUAAAUGCCAAGUUGUUGUAAUCAUUAAUUUCCCACAAGCUGUAAAUGCGUAAACAAAACUGUCUCCACGGAUGAAUGCACCCCUUCAAAUUCAUCGCAAUUCAUCACCCAAAUCUGCCGUAAACACAACUGAUGAUGCUCUUAUUAUCAGCGACAGUUGCGUAAAACGUCUCAAAGAAAUAUCUGAAAAUGGAGGAUGUUUGAGGGUCAUAGUUGAGGGUGGAGGAUGUUCUGGAUUUCAAUACAAAUUCGAUCUGGAUUCAAACAUUCAUGAUGACGACAAGAUCUUUCAAAAAGAUGGAGCAAAAGUCGUCAUCGACGAAACUUCUCUAGAAUACGUGAAAGGAUCGACAAUAGAAUAUCACAAAGAAUUAAUUCGUUCAGCAUUCAGAAUAACGAAUAAUCCACUAGCAGAACAAGGAUGUAGCUGCGGUAUUAGUUUUGCGAUCAAGGUAGACUGAUUUACGAAACUAGCCUCCUUUCUCCUAAAAAUUGAUGAUUAAAAGUUUUUUUAAAUAUAUAUUCUGCUAGACAGACGAAAGUAUUGUAAAAUAAAUUUUCAAUAAUUGUUAAUUACAUAGUUAUAUGUAAUGACCCAAUUAUUUAUCAUUUACUCUUCAAAGAUUUGUAUUAUUUUUAAUUGAAAGGAGCUAUUGCGUUGUCUGGAAAAUGAUUGAUGUUGCUUAUUUCAUUGCAAUAACGCGUAAAUAUUUUUUAAACAUUUUGUAAACCCUUUCAUAACCAGUUUCCUCAAAUUGAAAGGAAUCUAAUUUUCCUUUUAGCAAUAUUUUUCUGGACCCAAGCAAGAGGUUACUUUCACUAUUUUAUUUUUAUAAAGAAUUUGUAUUAGUGAGAUAUUGUAAGAAAGGAAGAUUACAAAAGGUUUAACGUUUAGAGAUUUAUUUAAUAUUUUAUAAAUAAAAACAUCGAAUGUGAAAGACCGUAACUACAGCUGUAAAGAUGGACAGAGCCGAAUUUUUUUUCCUAGUCAACGUUCAGUGUUUUUUAAUAUGUACAUAAAACUUGGUUCGUCAGCGAGAACUUAUUAUCACGGAAUGUGUCCAAUUUUCGAUUAAAUCGACACCUGUGUUUUUCACUUUCCUCUUUUGUUGUUCUGAAAUAAUAAAAAUUUAAAUUAGUGAAUCCUA